AGCUGUUUGUGGAAAACAUGACCCUGCGGGACACACGAACGUUCACCUAUUGUUUUGUCAGAGGUUCUGAAGGCAGGACCCGGCCAAAAACGCGUUGUGUUGGACUACGUUCCUUAUGGGGUUUCUGAUCGCUGUACUUGUUUAGCAACGUGUGGGACUUGUUGCGCUGGUUCAAUCCUCUUUGAAUGCAGCUCCUCUCCCACUCUGGCGAGAUGCGUUAUGUGACGAUUUUGGGACAGAAGCCUUUAGCGGCAGGAAGAACGUGUGGUAUAUUUGACUCAUUUCAAGAAUGACAAUAAGGUAUGAUUGCAGAAAUAAUUUGGUUCAACGACCCAUAGACCACUUGUGAUAACUGUAUCAGUUAAACCGAAGUUGGACGUAUUCAGCAGAUGAGGAAGUGUGUGACUUCGGGUUCUAACUUCUACGAGUCCUUUUGAACCUCGCCGUCGUCCCGUGGCCUUCCAAGCCCCCUUUGAUAAUCAAGCUUGCCUUUACGAAGCCCUGGCGGUGGAGGCGAGCCUCCGAACAUGACCUCAGACAGAGGGAAUGCGAGUCACGGGCUGGUCUAGUUCCCACGAGCUAAUGUGGUCUCCUGUUUACUUUCUCUACAUUUAUGUGCUCCUGUGGACUACGCGCGUAGACGGACUGGCUGACUUCUCAAACUAUCUAUCAAGGAUAAUCACAAGCCACUCUACGCAUGCUUGCGACGGACAUGCAGUUCGUCUUUUCUGUCCGCGUCACUCCACCAUCUCCAUCCAGUCUGCGUUCUACGGACGCGGCGACUCUGCUUUCUGCUCCAGCGAUCCCAGGGAAAGCGUGGACGCAGUUGCAGCCAACCACAACUGCUCGACUCUGACUGCGUUGCAGAAGGUGCUGUCAGAGUGCGAGGGCUUCAGAUCCUGCAAGCUCCCAGUCAACCACCAGGUGUUUGGGAGAGACCCCUGUCCAGAAACCCCCAAGUACCUCAGUGUAACCUACAUGUGCAAGCCCACGGAGCAUAAGAGCUUGGUGGUGUGUGAGGGGGGCAUGCUGCUGUUGCGCUGUAAGCCCCCCAAGGUGCUCCUGGUCUAUGCUGCCAUCUACGGGAGGGGGCGGGGCCAGCUGGACAUUUGCCCCAGCCACCCAACUGAACCAUCCCCUUUCGACUGUUUGAAUCACGAGGCUGUGCAUGCAGUGUCACAGGCCUGCCACAACACACAAAGGUGUGAGAUAGCUGUCAACAACGAGACCUUCAGAGACCCCUGCUUUCCAGGAACCAGGAAGUACCUGAUGGUACUCUACUCCUGUGUCCCACAGACGUUGGUCAGAGAGGCAGACCCAGACAUUAUCAGGACCACCUCACCUCCAGGAGCAGGGAUCCAGGAGUCCUCCCCUUCAGACCUGGCUACUUAUCCCAAGGGCUCCAGGCGACCAGACAACUCUGCUGUCAUGAUGAGCAACUCCCUCAUGACUUAUGGCUACAUUAAAGAGCACCCAGAGACUGCAGCGCUGCUCUUCACCUCCAGCGUGUGUGUGGGUCUGCUGCUCACCCUGCUCGCUGUGUCUGUCAGAGUCUCCUGCAGAGGGCGCUCAUGCAGAGACCAGAAGCACAAAGUCAGGACUCCCAGCCAGACACACAGCAGCGAGGAAGAAACAGACUGCUCCUUGCUGUCAGACUCGGACAGGAAGCCAAUGUACUGCUGGGAGGAGGUGGCCUAUACCACUGAGGCAGCGGAGCAGUUGGAGAGGAUAGAGAGGAGAGAGCUGGUCAUCCAGGAGAUCAGGAUGAACGCCUACCUGAACGGAACAGCCAUCUGAAUGUGGUAACUUGGGAUUCCUUGGCAACCUGACUGAUAUUCCCACAUUCAUCACUGCCAUCCUGGUUCUGAUGCUCUGGAUCAAGGCAUUUAUGUGCAGAACAAUUUGUGUGGGUGUUGUUUACAGUUUGUUGAGGAAAUGUUCCUUGGAACAUACAUUGGCCUUCUUCCCAAGGGAAAGAUCUGUGACUUUUUCCAUAACAUUUUACCCUUGUCCUCCUCUCUGGAACGCUCAUGGUGAGAACUCUAGAACACCACCUCCUCUUUGGAUCCACCCAACUUCCUAGCGUUAAACAGUGUUGGGUUUCCACGACAAGUGUGCCAGAGGCCCGGACAAAGAGAGGAAAGGUGUAGCAUCCUUUUCUGUGGGCCUGAUCCAAACUCUGAGUCAUUCAUUCUUCUCUGUGGGCCUAGGGCCUGCAUCUGAGUCACCCAAAAAGUUCAGAUUCAAAACCCUGAAGUGUAGUAACCUAGAACUCAAUAUAAGUUGUAUGAAAUGUAUGGACUACAGGCACAGUUUUGUUCGUUUAUUGACAUUGUUGUGUGAUGUGAAAUCAGUAUGAAGUUGUCUUCUGGGAAUGGCUUAAAUAAAGAUGAGUAAGAACA